GAUCAGCGGUCACGCGCCGGUGGUGAAAGCUGUCGAGGAAGGGGGCGCCGUCGAGGAGCAAGAACUCACCAUCGCCGGCCCUGGAUUUGCCUCCCGUCUGCCGAUUCUUUUGGAUCCGCCGAUUCUGGAUCUUCUCUACUUUUUCCCUCCCGAUCCAUGUGCUUCUUGAAGUAUAAAGUACCAAAAACUCAGCUCACUACGAUCAGCUUGUUGGGCAACCCGAAUAGAGGCAUUUUGUUCCUUGAUAUUAACCGAGAGAUCGGUUCGAGAGUUAUUGAAGAAGUAACAAUGGCGCGGGGUCUAGUGUCUGGGCGUUCUUUUGCGGUGCUGGUUGGGUCGAUUCUUCUCUCUGUGCUCGCACGCAAAUUUGUCAACGGUAACAAGAAGAGCACGCGUCGAAAAGCGGAUGAUACCGGCGCGUCUAGCCCGUCAGCCACUUUGGCUGGAAGUGACAACUACGAUGUUUUCUUGAGCUUCAGUGGCAAGGAUACUCGCAAAACCUUCGUGGAUCACCUCUACUACAGCCUCGUCGAUGCUGGAAUCCGCGUGUUCAGAGACGACAAUGAGCUUCACGAAGGUGAGAAGAUCGGCCCCAACCUUCUCCAGGCCAUUAAGAACAGUAAGAUCUCGAUCCCGAUUUUCUCUCGAAAUUUUGCUUCGAGCAAAUGGUGCCUUCAAGAACUCCUUCAGAUGACAGAGUGCAUGAAGAGCAUCGGGCAAGUUGUCUUGCCCAUAUUUUACCGGGUUGAACCAGCUCAUGUGCGAUACCAAAUAGAAAGCUUUGAAAAGACUUUCUCCCGUUUAAGUAGGAAGUAUUUGGAAGAGGAUGUUGCGAAAUGGAAACAAGCGCUCCAAGAAGUGGCUUCCCUAAAGGGAUGGGAAUCGGAGAGAACUGCUAACGGCCAUGAAGGAGAAUUGGUGAAAAUGGUGGUCAGAAAAGUUUUGAGAGAGUUAAAGAAAGCCUUUCAGCUGCUUGUUCCCGAACAACUUGUCGGAAUCGAUAAUGCUGUGGAGGAUAUCUUGAGAUUGCUGGAUAAUGACCCUAGUGCUACCCAAAUUGUUGGUAUUCAUGGAAUGGGGGGCAUCGGUAAGACAACUUUAGCCAAGGUUGUCUACAAUAAGCUCUCUCACCAGUUUCAUCAUCGCAGUUUCAUUGCGGAUAUUCGAGAAUCCACGCGGCGCAAGGGCAUUUCAUGUUUGCAAAAUCAAUUAAUAUUCGAUAUACUGAAAAUGAACGAUCAAGUGUCUAAUAUUGAUGAAGGAAUCAGGAUCAUGGAAUCUAGAUUUAAAUGUAAGAAAGUCCUACUUCUUCUAGAUGACUUGGAUGAUAAUGAUCGGAUCAAAGCUUUUGUUGGAAAACAUGACUGGUUUGAGAAUGGAAGUAGGAUAAUAAUAACCACGAGAAUAAGGUCUGUUCUUGAUGAUGUGAACUGCAAGUACGAACUUGAGGGAAUUGCUGAGGAUAAAUCUUUGAUCUUGUUUAGUAGACAUGCUUUUCCGAGGGACUCUCCUCCGUGUGAAUUCGAGUCUCUCUCUCGUGCUGUCGUAUCCACCGCCGAAGGACUGCCCUUAGCUCUCGAGGUUGUAGGUUCGUUUUUGUAUGGGCGAAAUCAAGGAUUUUGGGAAGACGCGUUAAAGAAGUUGAAGGAAGUACCACAUAUUAAAGUGCAAGAAAAGCUAAGAAUAAGUUAUGACGCACCGAACUAUGAGGAACAACAGAUAUUUUUAGAUAUUGCUUGUUUCUUCUAUGGAUCUGAGAUAAUUUUUAUGUCCCGCAUGUGGGAGGCUUGCAAUUUUCUUCCAAAUAUGGGGAUUGAAACAUUGAGAUUGAUGUCACUAGUAAAAAUUGGAGAUAAUGGAAAGUUGAUAAUGCAUGACCAACUGAUAGACCUUGGUAGGGAAAUUGUUCGUCAAGAAGAUUACAAUACACCUAUGAAUCGAAGUAGGGUGUGGAUCCAUGAGGAAGCCUUGGAAGUACUUCAAAGGAAUAAGGGAAAAGAAAAGGAUCGCGUUCAGGCACUUUGUUUCGACGAAAACGACUCGCACGUGGAACUCACAACGGAGCAAAUUGAGACACUACCGAACUUAAGGUUGCUUAUAGUGGAUAACGCAACACUGAUUGGAGAUUCCAAAGGCUUGCUUCCUCAGUUACGAUGCCUCGUGUGGAAGAAAUGUCCUGCAUCCGUGGUCACUAGUUUUCAUCUGGAGAAAUUAGUCGUACUUUAUUUAUCAGAGUGUGACAUUUCGGAGUAUUGGGAAGGUUGGAGUCAUCUCAAGGUGGCGACCCAGUUGAAAGUUCUUGCUCUUGUAGAUUGCCAUUGUUUAAAAGUUUCUCCUGAUCUCUCAGCCUUCCAAAAUUUAGAGACGUUAACCUUCGAAGGAUGUCAUAAUCUGAAGCAAAUUCACCCUUCGAUCGGAGAAGUCAAGGGCCUCGUUCAUUUGUUCUUUCAUAGAUGUGAGAAACUCCAAAAGCUACCCCAAGGAAUUGGCAAGUUGGAAGAACUGGAGCGACUUUGCAUAUGCAAGACUGCUAUAGAGGAAAUCCCUCCAUGUAUAGCUUCUUUGAAGAAGCUGGAGAAGCUUGUUGCCUCUGAUUGCAAAUCAUUGAUUGGACUUCCAGACUCAAUUGGGAAAUUGGAACGGUUGACUGAAUUGGACUUGUCAUGCUCGUUCAUUUACGAAUUACCUGAAUCCAUUGGGGAUUUGAAAAGCUUGAAAAUUUUGAAUAUUGCUCAUUGUGAGAACUUGAGGAGUUUGCCUAGUACUAUUAGCAAGUUGGGCAGCCUUGAACUAUUAGACGCCACCAAAUGCCGGCUUUUAGGAGGGGAAAUUCAUAUAGAUGGGUUAUCUUCACUGAAGAUCCUUCGAUUAAGUUGGACAUAUGUUUCUGGCUUAUUCGACACAUUCAAUAAGCUCUCUCGUCCUGAGAAACUUGAAGAACUAGAUGCCACAAAUUGCGAGAGGCUGGGAGGGGAAAUCCCUAUAGAUCGGUUGUCUUCACUAAAGAUCCUUCGAUUAAGAUCGACAGGCGUUUCUGGCUUCUCCGAUGAAUUCGAUAAGCUCUCUCGUCUUGAGGAACUUGAUUUGCGCGACUGCAAGAUGCUUCAAUCGCUGCCACAAAGCAUCAGUAAGUUGCCUUCUCUGCAACACCUUGAUUUAAGGAGGUGUGACAAUCUUCAAUCGCUGCCAGAGCUUCCCCCUUGUUUAACAUCUUUGGGAGUCACUUGUCGGCAUCGCACAUUGCCUCAACUUUCUCGUCUAAUCCAUCUAAAAGUGCUCAAGGUCGUGGGUUGCCGAUUGCUAGAAUCCCUGCCGGUGCUUCCCUCUGGAUUAUUCAAGCUUUCUGUCCAAUAUUGUGACGAGUUGAAAGAGUUACCGAGUUUGUCAAGUAUGGAAUUCUUGUCAAAAUUAAGUAUCAAGUCAUGCAGCGAGCUGACAGAAAUCAAGGGUCUAGAAGCGUUAAAAUACUUAGCAGAAUUAACUGUAUCAAGUUGCGGGAAGUUGUCCAAUCUCGACGGCCUUGAACAUCUAGAGUCUUUGAGAUUCUUGGGUUUGCGUAAGUUCUUUAAGUCAGAUUAUGCUCUUUGUCUGGUAGAGGAUGAUAUAGUUCAAGUUGGAGGUCUUGACAGACUGAAAAACUUGGAAGAGUUGCAGAUAUGGGACUGUCAGUCCCUUGUAAGACCGGACCUUUCGCAAUUAACGCAUCUGAAGGGAUUAAGCCUUUGUGGAUGCCACAAUCUAGUCGAAAUCAAAGGCCUUGAAAGAUUGAAAGACUUGGAAUUGUUGCAUAUCAAGAGGUGCAGAUCCAUUGAAGCAUUACCAGACCCCUCGUGCUUCGAUAACCUGAAAGAUUUGACGAUCGAAAGGGGCUGGAAGCUUCAGGACAGGGAAUGGAUAAAGUGGCAAAUGUGGAAAAAAUGA